AUAUAAAAAAUUUCCCCUUUCCCUUCGCCUUUCUCUCCCAGAGCUCAGCUGAAGAACCCAAAAACACAAGAAAACCCAACCCUCUAGUGGGUGGUUGAAGCUAGAAACGGAAAUAUAUGGGCUAACUUCAUUUUCCUUCUUCUCUUUUUUAGUAUUUUGUUGGGUUUUUAAUUUCUUGCAUGUUGAUACUCCUUGGUAGCUUUAACUCGCUACUUCCACUCACUUCUAACUCUCUUCGACUCUCUCAUGGCUAAUAACCCCCACGAAGCUCCCGCCGAUGAUUUCCUUGAGCAAAUCCUCGGUCUCCCUAACUUCGCACCUUCGGAGGCGGGUUCGGCGGCACCCGACGGUGGAUUGACUGGAACCGCUGCGGGAGCUGCGGCGCCAAUGUUUCUACAGCUCAAUUCCGGUGAUGGCUCCGGAAAUCUCGGCGGAGGUGGAGGCGGUGCGUUUCCCGGACAGGUUUUGCCGUUGGGGUUGAGCUUGGACCAAGGAAAACACGGGUUUUUGAAGCCCGACGAAACUUCCGGCAGCAGCAAGCGGUUUCGUGACGAGGUCGUCGAUGGCAGGGCUUCUUCUGUAAAAAACGUUUUCCAUGGCUCUCCAAUACCUGCAAAUGUUGCUCCAUCACCACAUCCACCAAUAAUGCGUCCAAGGGUGCGGGCUAGACGAGGACAGGCCACAGAUCCACAUAGCAUUGCUGAAAGGUUGCGCAGAGAAAGAAUCGCUGAAAGAAUCAGAGCAAUACAGGAACUUGUUCCUAGUGUUAACAAGACUGAUAGAGCAGUCAUGCUCGAUGAAAUUGUAGAUUAUGUGAAGUUCCUGAGGCUCCAAGUUAAGGUUUUGAGCAUGAGUAGGUUGGGCGGGGCAGGUGCAGUGGCACCACUUGUGACGGACAUCCCACUAUCAUCGAUUGAGGAUGAAAGCAGCGAGGGUGGAAGGAGCCAACCGGCGUGGGAGAAAUGGUCAAACGACGGCACGGAGCGACAAGUAGCCAAGCUUAUGGAAGAGAACGUUGGAGCUGCCAUGCAAUUCCUCCAAUCAAAGGCCCUUUGCAUCAUGCCCAUCUCACUGGCCACAGCAAUCUACCACGCCCAACAGCCGGAUACCUCCUCCAUUGUUAAGCUCGAAUCAAAUCCUCCUCCAUAGGAAGAAAGGAAACGAAAAAUAAGGGGUUUGAUGUCUGCCUAAGAAAAUACCGGCAGGCCCUUCAUGUCCUGACAAGUUAAAAAGAUGAAAGGGGGGUUGAGGAAUUGUCAAACCUCACUUGAUAAUGCUAUCCUCUUUUUUGUAACAAAGGUGAGGUUUGUGGACAAUGAUGGAAGCACUUUCAUAGUGGGGGGCUAUGAUUUUGGUUAGUGGGUUGUCGGCCCUACAAAAUAUAUUAUAUACAUAUAUAUUGUACUAUAGUGUUUUGUAACUCUGGUGUUUUCAGAGGAAAUAAAUGCACAGUGGUAGGAGAAUGGAUAAUGGUUGGCUACUCUAAAAUGCU